AUGUCAUCAGCAGAAAACGCAUUUCGACAACAGUUCAGUAGCUGGACCAACAGAAGCAGCACCAAUGCCACCACGCGUCCUGUCUACUCGGAAUGGACCGAUUAUAUCAAGACCAGUGCCAACGACUUGUAUUCAAGUUUACCAACUUAUAACACUGCAGGCACACCGGGGAAUCCAACAAGUAGCGAAGAGCCUCUGUGGUUUAGAUUGAGUCGAUUAGAACGAAUCAUUGGGUUUGGAUGCUGCUUAGCAGCAUCAAUACUUUGUUUUGUAUUGAGUUUUUUCCUUUUCCCAGUGUUGGCAUUAAAACCACGAAAGUUUGGAAUGUUAUGGUCAAUGGGAUCAUUACUUUUUGUUUUGUCAUUUGGAAUACUACAAGGGCCUGCUAGCUACACUCGUCAUUUACUCAGUCGAGAAAGAUUUGUUUUCACCAUUGUAUUUUUCGGUAGUGUAUUAUUAACCAUGUAUACUCUGGUGAUAUUAAAGAGUACUAUUUUAACAAUUUUUUCAAGUAUAAUUGAAAUAUUUGCAGUCUUGUAUUAUACAAUUAGUUAUUUCCCGUUUGGUGCAGGCGCCUUGACGUGGUUUACAAGUUAUUUAAUGGGUUAUAUAGGAGGUUUCAUUGGAGGUAUUCUUUAA